AUGAUUCCAAUUACGAAACCAUCGCUUAUCGACGUUCUUAAUAAUGAAACGCAAUAUCCAUAUUCUCUUGAUGAUUUUGCUACAUUUCUAGAUCAGACUUAUUGUCUUGAAAACCUAGAAUUUUGGUUAGCAGUUCGUCAAUACAAAUAUUAUUCAUAUAAUUAUUUCAAUAAUUCUACUUCACCUGAUCUUUUAACACCAAAUUCUUCAUCACUAUCACUUCCAUCAGAUAUUUAUUAUGAUGAUACUACUUUACGUGGUGAUUCACCUGCUCAUACAGAAUUUCUUAAACAAAAACUUCAUGAUAUUCUUAAUACUUUUGUUUUACCAAAUUCACAAAAAGAAAUUAAUAUUGAAUCUUCAGUUCGUGAAGAUUUAUUAACAAAUGUAUAUUCAUAUGGCAAUUAUGAUCCUUCGAUAUUGGAUGUUGUUAGUAAUCAAAUUUUUGAAUUAAUGCAAGGAUCUAGUUUUGCUCAAUUCUUGGUUGAAGCUGGAAACAUUGAAUUGAAAUGUUACCUUUCAAGUGAAAGUGAAAGUUGCCAAGAGGAUUAUUCGGAACCAUCAAGUCCAGGUGACCAACUCUUUAAUAAAGGUGUCUUCCGAAUAAAAAAUAAUCGAGGAAAACAAAAUAAAUUUGGUGGAUUGAAGUUGAAAGAGAAAUACAGAAAAUUAAUUAAUUCAAAAUCUUCUUCAUCCUAG